CAAGCGGAGGUGAAGUUGGCCCAGUGUGUGACCAUUUUCUGCUGUGAUCCAGUGUAAAUCCAGACCCGGACUCACUUUUAUUUACCUGUGGCUCUUCCCCAAUGGCAUGUCAUCAUUCUAAGGUCGGAUCAUCUUAUCGCUCGGGUUGUUUCGAGAGGAUAUCUGCUCCAGAACACCGCCGGUGAUGAUCGCACAUCAAACCGGAGAGAGAACCGGAGGAGCGGCUGUGAUUUAUGCGCUCCUUCGCUGAUUCAUUGAGUGCCACAUCAUCAGAGCUCAACACACCUGUGAUAUAACCAGCUACUGUAAACACACAUCUCCAGAUGAGCGGCGGAACAUGGGCUCAACUGAUCAACUAGACAUGGAGGUUAUGACCCCUCUGAUGGAAGGGGGAGAAGGUGAGGAAGAGGACGUGGAUGAAGACGAAGUGCAAAAGUCUCAAGGCAUCACAUUUACUCAAACUCUGCUGCAUCUCCUGAAGGGGAAUAUCGGCACUGGGCUGCUCAGCCUUCCUCUAGCAGUGAAGAAUGCUGGGAUAGUGCUUGGUCCGGUUAGUCUGGUGUUGAUGGGUGUGGUGUGUGUUCACUGCAUGCACGUCCUGGUCCACUGCAGCCAUCAGCUCAGCGAGCGGUUAAAACGUCCCCCCCUCGGUUAUAGUGACACAGUCGCUGUUGCCAUGGAUAUGAGUUCAUUCCAGUGCCUGAGGAAAGGUGCUCAUUUUGGGAGGCAGUUAGUGAAUUUCUUCUUGGUUUUGACCCAGCUGGGUUUCUGUAGCGUCUACUUCGUGUUCCUGGCAGAAAACAUCAAACAGGUGAUGGAAGGCGCUAGUUUGAACACAUCCAUGGAGCAUGUGGUGCUAUUCUCCAAUACCUCUGAGGACGGCGUUGUCUCUCCGCAUCCACCUUCUGUCGCCGUGACAACGGGGCUGGACCUUCGGCUAUAUAUGGUCUUCCUCCUUCCAUUCAUCAUCAUCCUGACCUUCAUCAGAGACCUGCGAAACAUGGCAGCUCUCUCCGCUAUAGCUAACCUCUGCAUGGCCAUCAGCCUCAUCCUGAUCUUCACAUACAUCCUCAACGACUUGAGUGAUCCCAGACAACUGCAGUUUUCCUCCACAUGGCGCAAAUAUCCUUUCUUCUUUGGAACAGCCAUCUUUGCUUUUGAAGGAAUUGGAGUGGUUCUUCCUUUGGAAAAUCAAAUGCGAGAGCCGAAACGCUUCCCCCAAGCUCUUAAUAUUGGCAUGGGUGUCAUCAUAGUUUUGUACGUGACCCUGGCGACGAUGGGAUACCUUCGCUUUGGAGACGACAUCAAAGGAAGCAUCACUCUUAACCUUCCACAUGACUGGUCCAAUCAACUGGUGAAGAUCUUGUACUCGUUCGGUGUGUUUGUGAGUUUCGCUGUGCAGUUUUUCGUGCCGGCUGAGAUUCUGUCUCCGCCCGUGUGCGAGCGGGUCAGGAAAACCUGGAGACGGGCGGCUGAUCUGAGUCUUCGAGCCCUGCUCGUCUGCCUCACCUGUGUAACAGCCAUCAUGAUACCGCGCUUGGACUUGGUGAUCUCAUUGGUCGGUGCGGUGAGCAGCUCAGCGCUGGCGCUCAUCUUUCCUCCUCUGGUGGAGCUCAUCGCGCAUCCCAGCCAACCUCCCCCUCCUCUCCUCCUCCUCAAAGAUCUCUCCAUCGCUGCCCUGGGCUUUAUCGGCUUCCUGGCAGGAACCUACGUGACUGUGGAGGAGAUCAUUUAUCCUGACGACCAAAGGCAGAGCCAUCUCCAUGACGAUGGCACCUGGACCACACCUACUACCUCACCUCCCUAAUGACCACACCCAUAAACGCAGGACCAAUCCAAUAUGACUGUGGGAACACCAGGCGUAGGACCAAUGCCUUUCAUAGGACCAAGAGCUGGCCUGAUAGGGGUUGAGCCUUUUUUAUGGCUCAAUUUGUUUUUCAUUUCACAGACACACAUUUCUGUGUGUUGAAGUGCGUACGUAUGUGUGUGUAUGUUGGUGAAUGAUGGGAUGUGUGGUAAAUAAUUUCUCCCGCAGGCUUAUGGACUUCAUGACUCCACCCUAUUUGUAGACAGAAUGGCUUUCGCUCAUUCUGGUCUCUUGGACUGUUUGGUGUGACAGCCUGUCAGCAUUUUGGGAGAAAUAUUGCACAGUAUUAUAUGGACCCUGUACUUGUUUGCUGACUUCAGAGUUUAUUAAUAAAUUAAUCUUUACUCUA